CGGCUGGAGUUUCAGUAUAAACAAGGACCCCGACUGGAUCGGCGGGUUUUCCUUUCUUCCGGCGUUCGACCCUUCCUGGUCCUGAGCUCGCCUUUGGGGGCGCUUCGGUUAGGCAGCCAGGAGGCGGAGGCUCGGAGCAGUGUGCGGGAAAGCAUGCCUCAAACACCUCCCUUCUCGGCGAUGUUUGACAGCAGCGGCUACAACCGAAACCUCUACCAGUCUGCAGAGGACGGCUGUGGUGGCUUGUACUACCAUGACAAUAACCUCCUGUCUGGGUCUCUGGAAGCACUUAUCCAGCACUUAGUACCCAACGUGGAUUACUAUCCUGAUAGGACGUACAUCUUCACCUUCCUGCUCAGCUCUCGACUGUUCAUGCACCCGUACGAACUCAUGGCCAAGGUGUGCCACUUGUGUGUCGAGCACCAGCGUCUGAGUGAAGCAGAUGGCGAUAAGAACCAGAUGAGAAAAAUUGCACCUAAAAUCCUUCAACUCUUGACAGAGUGGACGGAAACGUUUCCUUAUGACUUCCGGGAUGAGAGGGUGAUGAGGAACCUGAAGGACCUGGCACACAGGAUGGCCAGCGGCGAGGAGCAGACGUACCGGAAGAACGUCCAGCAGAUGAUGCAGUGUCUGAUCCGAAAACUUGCCGCCCUCAGCCAGUAUGAGGAAGUCCUGGCCAAACUCAGCUCCACAGCCACAGACCGACUCACAGUUCUGAAGACCAAGCCCCAGUCCAUACAGCGGGACAUCAUGACCGUCUGCAGCGACCCUUACACGUUGGCCCAGCAGCUGACUCACAUCGAGCUGGAGAGACUCAAUUACAUUGGCCCAGAAGAAUUUGUUCAGGCAUUUGUGCAGAAGGACCCUUUGGACAACGAUAAGAGUUGCUACAGUGAACGGAAGAAAACACGAAACUUAGAAGCUUACGUAGAAUGGUUCAAUCGUCUAAGCUACUUGGUUGCUACAGAAAUCUGCAUGCCUGUGAAGAAGAAACACCGAGCGAGGAUGAUUGAAUAUUUCAUCGACGUGGCGCGAGAGUGUUUCAACAUUGGAAACUUCAAUUCUUUGAUGGCAAUUAUCUCUGGUAUGAACAUGAGCCCGGUCUCGCGACUUAAGAAAACCUGGGCCAAAGUGAAGACUGCAAAGUUUGACAUUCUUGAGCAUCAGAUGGAUCCGUCAAGCAAUUUCUACAACUACAGAACAGCUCUCCGAGGGGCAGCACAGAGGUCCCUCACUGCUCACAGUAGCAGAGAGAAGAUUGUGAUACCAUUCUUCAGUCUCUUAAUCAAAGACAUUUAUUUCCUCAACGAGGGCUGUGUCAACCGGCUUCCAAAUGGCCAUGUCAAUUUCGAGAAAUUUUGGGAACUGGCCAAACAAGUGAGUGAAUUUAUGACAUGGAAACAGGUGGAGUGUCCGUUCGAGCGGGACCGGAAGGUCUUACAGUACCUGCUUUCAGCGCCCAUAUUCAGUGAAGAUGCUCUCUACUUGGCUUCAUAUGAGAGUGAAGGACCCGAAAAUAAUAUAGAGAAGGACAGAUGGAAGUCUUUAAGGUCCAGCCUUUUGGGCAGAGUUUAACAUCUGGAAAGUACUGCUGCUGCUGUUGCUGCUGCUACUGCUGAAUCAGACGGACCCCGGAGGGGGGCUGGCCUUUGAUUUCUGGCAUCCAGUACUAGGAACGGCCCCCCAGACCCUGCAAGGGAGCCCAGCUGUAGAUCAGAUGGGAAAUUCACUUCCCACAGCUGACAGAUUGACUCGGAUUUCUUUUGAGACUGAAAUCUUCACUGAAGACACUUGAGAAAGAAUCCUCUGAAAGUCCCGGCUCUGCGCAUGAUUCAUCUGCUGGAAUUUCCAUGUGAAUCACAGCUCUGCACCUGGAUGGACUUGUCUUUUGUUUGUUACUUUUUUUUUUUUUUUUUGGCCUGAACAUUUGCUGCUAAUGGAACUUACACAGCUGAGUGCUGGCUCUAUGGAAGCCCAUGCUUCUUUGUUAAUUUAAAUGAAAAAGCGAGAGGGGGAGGGGAACCCCUCUCAUCCACCCACCCCCAGUUUGGAUCCUGGACCUCAGCUUGAACAGUAUUCCUGUGAGGGCAAAGACUGGGCGGGGUUCUACUGCAGACAUCCCCCUUACCCAGUGCGGUAUUGUAAACACCCUCUCCUCCCCCACCCCCUCUUCCUCCAAGGCUUUGAGUUGGCUGCUGGCUAGCAAACUCCUUCUUACCCUUAUAAGUUAUUUAAUAUAAUAAUGAAGCGCAACACUGUGGUAGGAAAAUAGCCACUAAGGGGGAAAAAAGGCAGAGUUUGUCACUGUCGGACUGCCCACCCUGCAGGAAGGGUCACUGUUGCAUUGCCCAUCCUGCAGGAAGGGACCGUGUUUUCUUUACCCUUCUGAGCUGUUUACAGCUGACCACUGUGUCCUAUAGAUGUAUUUUUCAGUAGGUUUUGUUUUUGUUGUUGUUGUUAACUUAGUUUUCCAUGAUGCUGCCCCAUGCCCGUAAAUGUAAAUGCUAUGACUUUAAGGGUCUUGCGAGGAAAGAAUCCAUGACCUAACCACAGUCAUUUUUCCCUAACUUAUUUUUCAUUACCCUCUGGAGUCAGUUGGUGGCUAAACCUGUAAACAAGGAGUACAUUAAGAAAAUUUACCUUCCCCCCUCCUAGCAGUGACCAAAUGAAAACCAGGUUGCUGAUAACUCUGAUCAACCUUAACAUCUAAAUUAGGUCUGCAGUUGCUCUGCAGGCGGCCAUUAAGAUACUCUAGGAGAAACUUUAGAGUAGUGAUCCCCUAAUAGAAACGCACAAUGCCAAGUCCCAGCCAUGUUUGUUAACCCUUCUGACGCCAUCCCGAGAAUCAGCAUGUCUUCACUGUGCAUCAUCUCAAUGGACCUGACCUGUCUCCACGUCGUUCCUUCACAACAUCAAUACAUUUUCCGCUCUGCA